UGUCAGAGGUGAGCGCGACGUUGCGCGCAUGUCAUGGAUCCCUUGUCAGCUAGCGGAUAGCGCGCUUUAAAAUCCCACCUCGCAAAAUCCUGCCCUUCUCCACCACCACUGCAAUGGCCGCGUCUGUGCAGGACACCCUAGAGGGCAUCGAGCGCCGCCGCGCCCAGCUCGAGGAGAGCGUGGAGAAGCUGCAGCGCGCCCUCAGCCACUGGACGUCAUGGGAGGCCGAGUACACGCUGUUCAAAGAGGAGCUCGCCACGGCCGCCGACCCCUCGCCGGCGCAGAUGCGCGCCCUCGCGCAGGACCUCGGCGCGUCGCUGCUGACCGAGAAGGAGGUGGGCGAGCUCCUCGGCAAAGACCGCACUGCUAACCAAGUCGCUGACCUUGUGCAACGGCGCAUUGACUACGUGCAGCAGAACAGCGCCACCGUCGAGAAGCAGCUCGACACGGCCGAGAAGCAGCUGGCCGGCGUCAACGUCCUGCUGGACCCUGGCGUCGACAAUGAAGACGGCCUGCCGAUGAUGGAUAUUGAGGAAGAGCUGGAUGACGAGGGGAAUGCAAUCUCGAGCUCCGUCAACCAGACGGGCAAGAACACGGCUGAGAUUGUCGAGGUGCUGCGAAAAGCCGGCCUGCAGAAGGCGGAUCUUGAGAAGAUGAUGCAGGGGGGUGGAGAGAAGCAGACACCAGCUGCACACGGCUAUAACGAGGACCUGGACGCCCUGAACUUCACGCACGGUUCCAAGGUGUACGAGCUGGACGACGACGAAAACAUCGUCGCAUCCUAUCCGAUCAUUCCUCAGGGCGAGUCACCAGAAGACGCCGAGCUACGGCGGCAGAUGCUGCAGUACGGCCUGUCGGAGGUCGGGCAGGUUGUCGCGGAACUUGAUCUCGACAACCCCACUGCAGAUUACUCAGACUUUGACGACGACUACAACGACGAUGACUACGACGAGGACGAAGACGAAGACCAGUACGGACGCAGCACCAAGCCUGUUGUUUCUGACGACUACCGGCAGCAGAUGCUGGAUCUGGAGAAGAAGCUCAACGCCCGUAUGCUCGAAAACGUGGGGCCUCAGCUUGAAGACGACACGGCCGAGCAGGUGGAGAGUGUUCGCUUGAUGAAAGUGCAGAGGGACGACAAAUUCGACGAGACAAUCAGCGCAGCGACACCAAAGACAAAUCCACAGCCGUCCGGGAAGAAGGGCGUUCGCUUUGCUGACGAACUCGACGUCUCUGAAGCCCCGAAGCCAGUCCAAGCACCAGAGCCCGUUCUACCAUCAAAGCCGGUACCGACCAUGUCAGACGUCGUCGAGCGACCCGCCCAGCCAUUCGUCGCGCCCACAGCUCCCUCCAAGCCGGGCAAGGUAUCGCGCUUCAAGAGCGCGCGCUCCAACCAGCCCGCCGACCCCCUCCCAAACCCCCAACCCUACCUCCCCCAGCCCGUCCCUAGCGGCCCAGCCGGCCGCACGCUCGCCAACACCGUCAUCGAGCACGUCCCGUCACCCUCGGAGCCCACGGCCCCCGACGAAUUCGACCCCGCAGUGCUCAACCGCGAGAUCCAAGCCGAGUACCACAAAGCGCGCAACAAGUUCAUCCAGCAACAGGGCGGCUUCCAGCCCACGCCCGAAGACGUCGCCAGCCCGAUUGUCGAGGAGCGCAACGGCACGACCAAGAAGGUGAGCCGCUUCAUGGCGGCCAAGCUAAGGGCCGAGGGUAUGUAA